CACGAUGCCAGUCUUCGCCUCUGUAUUUGAACAUCAACGCUCGUCGCCAAACCGAGAUCCGUCUCUGGCUCACAAUCAUCUCUUUCAUCGCAUAACCUGGCGUUCGUCCUCACCCGUAUAGACAUUAGCGGCGGUUGCGACCAUCUCACAUGCCACUACCAAAGUGGACUUUCGCUUCAAUUGAGUCGCUGGAUUCUCUGGAUGAUGCAGUGCAAGGGCGUUGUCAGCAUCAGAUCGGAUACAUAGAGAGCUUUAGGGCCUAUUACCGACAGACAAGGCUGGAAAUUCCCCAAGUCUGGAUGGUACCGGAACUACCGAUACAACGGGAGGCAAGUAUAGCCUUCGAGUGGACGGAGGAAAGACAGUUCAAUUUGGAGCUCCUCCUUGGUCAACUCCGUCAUAUCCCGGACGAACUUGUCUAUGUAACGGACGAAGAGCUCUUUCAACGACUGCCUUGCGAUCCCGCAGCGCCGCUUAGCUUCUGUCUAUCUGCUGAACGUCAUAAGCACACGCGUUAUUACGAUCACGACGGGGCAGAGGAAGCGGUCUGCAAAACACAUAUGUCACUGUACCAAGUGACCCAAGUGCUGCAGUACCGGGACUCGGAAACCGUGGCCGAGCACGCUAUUGCGACAGCAUUCGACGGUAUUCCUGGUGCCUAUGUUCGAAGGCAGAAUCUCGGCGUGAUGGGACUCAAUGACACUCUCGCUGAGGACAUCGGGUCCAUCGACUGCGUCGUUCUGUUCUAUCCUACAGGACCAUCUACACCGAGAUCUAUGGAGCAGCUUGCCUAUACGCCUAUCAGUGCCGUUAACCCAGCUCUUCUUCUGUGUGCAAAGGGUCCAGCACGGUGGCCUGACAAGUACGAAGACUCCACUGAGGAACUUCCGUCGAUUUUACGCAACCUCGCUGGUUUGGCCGAAGUAAGUCUAGCUUCAAUGGUGCACGCGCGCCCCACAACCGCAAAUACACAAGAGGAGGAUCCACAGGACUUCCUGCUGACGAUGGGCCUGGUAUAUGACUCGGAAUACAUCCGCCUGGUGGCGCACAUUCCGUAUGCCGUCGCAAAUGGCUACAAGUAUCUAUCAUUGCUGUUUGACACACUCCCAUUCCCGUGUCGAUGUGUCGGGGGCGCCAGCGAAUUCGUCCGAGGGCGUUAUCGAGUCGCGCUUGCGUUGCUGUCUAUGCAGCAGCACAUCUUCCGCAUGGCAACCCACCUGGACAGCGUCAAGCUCCCAGAGAGCCUUCGAGAGGCUCAGCGGUCAGUCAUGCACGAUCUGCUUGUGGACAGAUUUGCGGAAACUCGCAUGGAACUCGAUACACCGACCCCGACGGACGUGUCAGACGAAGAGUUAGACGACCGCAUCGACACUCGAGGUCGUCCCGGUUCAGACACGUUUCAAGCUUACGAGCGUAGCAUCGAGCGCGUAAAACCUGUUGUUCACGCCUGGAUACUCGGGCAGCAUGUAGGACAACAAUCUGCGGGUGAAGGGUUUGAUCCACCGCCGAGCCACGUCAGUCCAAAGAUAGCGUCGGAGAACGCUCGCGAGAACAUCCAAUAUACACCCAUACCUCCCAUCGAUCGGCGUCGCGGGGGUCUGCAUGUGGAUAUAGCUCAGCCGAAACAGGUCGCAGAACAUGUACGGAAUGUGUUGAGUCUCGCUCAACUCGAGUGUGAGAAUCUCCCUCCCGACGUCAUUCUUGGCUCGACAACAUUGAGUAGUAUCUGGGAAUACAAGGAGUUGGAUUGGGAGAGUCCGCAUAAUCGGGACGCCAGCUGGUAUUCUCUCGCUAAGCGGUAUUGGUCAGAAUCCUGGGGCUACGUGGAUACAACCUUCAUUCAAAGAGGCGUACACCCGGUACCAGUCCCAUCCGACUACCAAGAGACAUCUGUCUUGGCAGGCAAGGCUAUGCCUGCGGACAAUGCCUCUCAAUUGACGACAAAUCUCAUGAAAGUUAUCAUGGCUUUCUUCCAUCGACGUGCCGUCAGCAUGCGCACUACCUUGGGACGCGCGUGGCUAGAGGUGUUCGACGGGUCCCAUGAGUAUCAUGCGCACGUACCCAGGCUUUACGUUCGGAGUGACGUGACAGAUGAACAGAAGGCCAGCCUCCUGCCUUUGUUUUAUCCGUGUUCUCUGUCCCAACAGCUCGCUCGAGAACUCGCGUCAGAAAGGCUCAUCGGGGAGACGAUUGAGCAAAUGCUCGGACCGCAAUCCAAGUUUUGGACCUUCAUAAGCUCGACAGGGGUCCCAGCUGUCAGAAGUGACUGCAUCCCACUGGCUGUUGUUCUCCACGGCGAUCCUGAUAUGAAAGGCGACGACGUGAUGGCCGCACGCAAGCUCAUGACUCGAGCACUUCACGGGACAUUGACGUUGCUUACUAUGCGACAUUACAAGAAUCAAGGCUGGGAUUUUGACCGCCGUUUGACCCAAGCAGAUGCGCGUGUCCAGCUAGACGAACAGUAUCUCGUGUUCAGCGUGCUCUAUAGCAGGCAGCUAUUUGAGAUUGACAUCAACUUCCCAGUGCUCGCGUGGGACAAGAAGAUGGAACGAAGCAAAUGGACCUUCGUCAACGCCCCGGUGAUGAACAAGGAAUGCACACAGCCUAUGUACAUGCACUACAAGGUGGACCUCUUUCAUGCGCUCUUAUACAUUGAACAGCAUAUCUACUUGUUGAGCAAUUGGCUCGGACUCGGUCGAACUUGAAGGAGA